AUGAAACAGUAUUGAAAUCGUCGUUAACGGCGACGGUUUGCUUUUUCGACGCUUGAAAACACUUGAAAACGCUCUCUUUUACUCUCUUUCGUGCUCCUGCUGCUGGUGCAGUUACUCCAGGUUCCGAGGAUUGCGCCAUCAACAAAACAUCCAUGUUAAUGCCACGUUAUCUGGGCCUGAACGAUAGCUCACCGUCGUCUGGCAGUCACGGACCUGCAGGAGCGCCCAGCUCCAGCUCCUCCUCGUCGCCGCCGACGACAGUGGCUGCCCACACGAAGAUGCGACUGCUGAGCAAAGUGGAGCACAACAUGCGUCAGAGCCAAGGUCACAUCCCGAGCCAUCCGAGCGGGCAGGACAUCAACCACCUUCUGCAGACCGCAUCCACGGGCAAUGGAGUGGUGGGCGAUGUCGACGGACUACUGACGCCCAUGCGCAUUAAGGCGCACUUGUCGCCACCCUACUCAGCUGGCAGCUCCGUCAAGUCUGAAUCCCUGAGUUCAAACUCUCGUCCGGAACGCAACCUGUGGAGCCGGGCGGAAAUGCUGGAGAUGCUAAACAUCAUGCAGAACGUUAACGCCCUGGAGCAGCUAAACGACCGUAACGUGAAGAGCGAGUACGUUUUCCGGCAGAUCGAGGAGGUGAUGCGCAGCAAGGGCUACGUGAAAAAGUCCAGCAUGCAAAUCUGGACCAAGUGGAAGUUCCUUAAGUCGACGUACAACACGACAACGCGCCACGGAACGGGAGUGCCCAAGGUUGUGCCCGAGGAGGUCUACCGGGUGCUCUGCCGAAUGCUAAGGGACACGAAUCAUGGCGGCAGCAGCGGCAAUGUCAACGGCAGUCUUAGCGAAUGCGGAAACUCAAUGGAUAGCUCCAAGACGACCGGCGAGGAAGCCAAGGAGGACAUCCUGGGCGUGGAACAUCCGAUCUUCGGCUUCCGACUGGGACCCAUAAAACCGGAGCCAAUCGAUACAGGCUAUGAAACGUCUCAGAAGCCGGACUUGGUAUCCGAACCUGAUAUGGAGUCGUUUGACUACGAGGCUGAAAGCUCACACGCCGACAAUCAGGAUCAGGAGGACAUGCCACACAUGCCGUUCAUAGUUUCCGUGAAGCACGAACCCGACAUGGACCUCGGCAUGGACACAACAAAUACACCGCCGCCUACAGCGCCAGCCUCGCCCUCACCGCCUCCAAUGGCGUUGGACGAGACCGACGAUGAUUCGGCUUACUCGUCCACUCCAGCGGUUCCCCCUCCCCUGCGCGUAGCCUCCUUUGCCAAGGACGAUCUGCGGCGACCCACCCAUGGCAUUUUGCAGAUCGAUCGCCCGCCGCCGUCGCUUUCCAAGAUGGGACAACAGCUGCCCAGUCCGGGACAGAUGGGCCGAUCCCUGCCGCUGCCGAGCACUAGUAGCAUCAACUUUGUGCAUCCGCAUAGCAAGCUGAUGUUGCCCCGCAAGCAGAAUCCGAAUAGCAGCCAAUCCGGAUUGCGUUUGCCUAGGGACGUCAGUGUCCAGCCGACGGGCAUGCGCAUGAAGACGGUGCCGAUGAGGGAUACGGGCUACUCGCUGCGACCGGAGCGCAUGAUCCCUGAUCUGGAACAAUCGAUGACCAGUCCACCGCAGUCGCCGUCUACGAUGGCUGCCCUCUUGGGCCGGGGACCGCCGCCGAAAUACCCGAUGUCCGGGCAACAGACAGGCGCCUCCACCAGCAGACAGGCCCACAUGAUGUCCUCCCACCAGUUGACCCCGAUGCAGCAUCAGCAGCUUCAGUCGCGAAAGCGUCGGAUGGGACAGAGUCCGGUCAUGGGCAUGCCUGUGCCCGUGAAGCUACAGCGCAGCUCCAAUUUGUACGAAUCAACGCCGAAGGGAAUUCGAUCUCACUCUGUGAUGGGGGAGGAAAGUAAAAAGAAAACGAGCGAGGAGGAGACAAAGCAGCGUAUGAAGCGCAAGGAGGAGAUGUUCGCCAAGGAGCUCACUCAACUGGCCACUGCUAUGCGAUCGGCUCAAAAAGAGAUGCUGCAAGACUUUUUCAUGCAGCAAAAGGAGAUCGCGCGACGGGAGCAUGAGUUCCAGAUGAAACAGGACACGAUAGUAAUGCAGGCACUGCGAAGGCAAACGAAUGCGUUGCUAAAAACAGCAAGAGAGCUGGUUAACGAAAAUACCGAGGCAGCUAAAACCGAGACAGAGCCUAAGAACAGGGACAUUCCCGAAACUCAGAUGCCGUUUGAGCCGGAAACAGAGCUGAAAGCUCCCGAAAGCGAAGAGGAAAACUUGGUGGGAGAUGGGGAAGCUGAUGAUGAAGUUGAGGAAACUAUUGGGGAGCCUGAAGAUGAAGAUCAUGAACUAGACGAUGAGGACGAAAACGAUGAAGAGGAGGAUGGCGAGGAGGAAGAUGAAGAUGAUGAAGAAAACCUGGGCAACGAUAGCGACUUGGAAAUGUCAACGCUAGCCAUGUCUGAGUGCUCCAACCAGGUGGAAAUCCUCGGGGAAGAGCAGUAGGCUUCUCCCCAACAUUCCUUCCCAUUUCUAAGUAUUAUCCCUUCAAGGCAAACACCAUUGUUAAUACCGAUUCAUUCCAACCACAUUCCUUAAGCUAUAUCCUAUAUAUAUUCCUAGAGCCAGAACCCGCGCAUUGUUAAAAGACUUGAUUAUAUUUAAGCAUUAAUACAUAAAUGAAACCUAAAGUAAA